AAAAAAUAAACUCAAGAAGAAGAAGAAGAAGAAGAAGAAGCAGCGAGUAACAAUGAUCAGACAAGCGAAGGGCAGAACCCCCCGCAGGCCUCCUAAGAAGCCGUCCAGUACCCAGAAAGACCCGGUUGGGGUGUACUGUCGUGUACGACCUCUGGGUGCGGAGGACGAGGAGUGCUGCAUCGAGGUGAUCAGCAGCAGCACCAUCCAGCUGCACGCUCCUGAAGGCUUUAAAACCAACCGCAAUGGAGAGUACAAAGAGACACAGUAUUCCUUUAAAAAAGUCUUUGGAGUGUCCAUAUCUCAGAUGGAGCUGUUUGAGCAUGUGGCCAAACCUCUUGUCGACGACCUCAUCCAUGGAAAAAAUGGUCUGCUCUUCACGUACGGGGUAACAGGAAGUGGGAAGACGUUCACCAUGACUGGCUCUCCAGGCCAGGGUGGACUUCUACCUCGCUCACUGGACAUGCUCUUUAACAGCAUAGGACCAUACCACACCAAAAGAUAUGUUUUAAAGACUGAUGACAAAAAUGGCAUCGAGGUCCAGAAUGAAGUCGAUGCUCUGCUGGAGCGCCAAAAGCGUGAAAACAUGUCUUUUCCGAAACCCUCCUCUUCCAGACAAAAGCUGGAUCCUGAAAUCGCUGACAUGAUUAAGUCAGAGGAGGCUUAUAAAACUGAUGGCGUGGACGAGGACAGCAGCUACAGCGUCUUCGUCUCCUACAUAGAAAUCUACAACAACUACAUCUACGACCUCCUGGAGGAGAAUCAGGAGGAUGCAAUCAAACCAAAACCACCUCAAUCCAAACUCCUCAGAGAGGACCAGAAUCACAACAUGUAUGUGGCCGGUUGUAUGGAAGUCGAAGUAAAGUCUGCUGAGGAGGCGUUUCAAGUGUUCUGGAGAGGUCAGAAGAAGAGGAAGGUUGCGAACACUCGCCUGAACAGAGAGUCCAGUCGCUCCCACAGUGUACUCAUCGUUAAACUGGCUCAGGCGCCUCUCGACGCAGAUGGCGACAACAUUCUCCAGGAUAAGAACCAGGUGACUGUUAGUCAGCUGUGCCUGGUGGACUUGGCAGGAAGUGAGCGCACCGGUAGGACGGGGGCAGAAGGCACACGUAUACGAGAAGCAGGUAACAUUAAUCAGUCUCUGCUGAAUCUGCGAACGUGCAUUGAGAUACUUCGAGAGAACCAGAUGUGUGGCACAAACCGGAUGGUCCCCUACAGAGACUCUAAAGUAACCCAUCUGUUCAAGAACUACUUUGACGGAGAGGGAAAAGUCAAAAUGGUCGUCUGUGUCAAUCCCAAAGCCGACGACUACGAGGAAACCUUGCUGGUGAUGCGGUUUGCAGAGAUGACCCAGGAGGUGGAAGUGGCUCGGCCGGUGGACCGGCCCAUCUGUGGCUUCACCCCGGGCCGCCGCCAGAGAAACCAGGCCUUCAAAGAGGAACUGUCUCGCAAGCUGGACGAGCGCGGUGGUCCGAUAGACAGAGACAUGCACCGUGUCAUAAACCACCUGGUGCACAGCCUCCCUUCUCUACCGUCCUGUGAGCUGACCGACCCCCACGAUGACAUCACCCUGCCCAGGCUGAUCGAAGCUCUGCAAAACAGACACAGGAUCAGGCAGCUGAUGAUGGAUGAAUACAACAACGCAGCCAACAGGAUGAAGUCCAUGCUUCAGGAAGUGGACAGCAUCCAAAUUUCCAAAGACGAUUUGAUUCAUGAACAAAACGGCAAACUGGUGGACAAGGACAAAAUCAUCCAGAACAACAAGGCAGAGAUCGAACGCUUGGAGAAAAAGACCAGAAUGCAGGAUCACAAGAUUGACAUCCUGCAGAAAACGACUAAAAUUUACGAGGACGACAAGCGCUCUAUGAAGUAUGAACUGGAAACCAGAGACCAGAGGCUGCAGAGGGAGCAGACGGACAAGCGGCGCAUGGAGCAGCGAAUGCACGGCGUGGUCACAGACACCCAGCACAAGUGGGAGAAAGAAUGUGACCGACGCGUUAAUGCGAUGCAGCUGGAGAUGCAAAACAAGCUUUGGGUGAAAGACGAGAAGCUGAAGCAGCUCAAGGCCAUCGUGACGGAGAGCAAGACUCCAGGUCGCCCCGAUCCUCCACCUCGUCAUACGCAGCCUCAGCGGCCUUCCAGAGAGGACCGCCUCCCUGCAAAGAGAUCCGCCUCGCCCUCACCUGUCCCUACAGUGACGCCGGUGCGUCCGCUGCACCGUCGCUCUCGCUCCGCUGGCGGUGAGAAGUGGGUUGACCACAAGCCUUUGUCCAGCUUGGACUUGGGUACAGUUUUGCAGCCCGUCAUCCCCAACGCCAUCCAGGUGUCUACACCGAGUGAGAAGGCCCUGUCCAAGUGUGACCGAUACGUGUUGACACAUCAGGAGGUCGCCUCUGAUGGCGAGAUACAGACCAAACUCAUUAAGGGUGAGGUGAUGAAAACGAGAGGAGGAGGACAGGCCGUCCAGUUCACCGACAUCGAGACCCUGAAACAGGAGCUCACCACAGUCCCAAGGCGUAAAAGAAAAUCAUCAGAAGGUGCAUCUGCCAAUGGAGACGGAACAGAUGGUGCUUGGACUGAUGUGGAGACGAGGUGUUCUGUUGCUGUGGAGAUGAGGGCCGGAUCAAACAUGGGUCCUGGCUUUGAGCAUCACGGGAUCACCAAGCGCAGGAAACCCUGAAAGCAGCCGACAGCUGCUCCAGUGAUCCCUCACCUCUCACCUGGCUGUUGUGCAAUAGUCUGAACUUUUUAUAUUUAGCUCUAGUGAUAAUAUUUAUACAUUUUCCACGCUUUUAUAUAUUCAGACGUGUAUAUACAUGGGUCACCAAAGCUGUUUUGUAAAAAAUAUUUUAUGUUGUAUUUGAACCAAUAGAUAAAGAGUACUCUGAUUCAGUCAAGGAUGCUGGCAACUGAAAGAGUCUGCUUGCACAUUUGUGUGUAACAUAAGUCACAUUUGUUUCUUGUGAAGCUGCCACAAUAUUGAUUUCCAUCUGCUCCAUACUGUUUGGUUCUUGAUGGAUGAAUUAUAUUGAGCUUACAAUAAUCAAGUUAUUUUUUGAUUCCCUUCUUUAUAUAGUUGGGUUCUCUCCUUCCUUCACUGUACACUCGGGAAUAAAGUUCCUCUGAAGCAACAGUUUGUCGUGUUUACACAGUAAAAACAAUGCAAAUGUGACAGUUUGGUGCAUAAUGCUCUGGGCAAUUAGUGCCAGGUUCAUUUCCAGACACUAGAUGGGGAUACAGGACAGCAGUACAUUAUGCCGCGUGUUGACCACCGCAGUGAUACUGGAGGCACAUGAUGCCUGACUCAUGCACCGCAUUAUUCCGUAAGCAUGUUAACGGUUUGUCAAGAAAUGCUGACUUAAUGAAUGUCAGUGAGAAGCACAGAGUUUAAGUGUCUGUGAAAAGUAAUGGCAGCUUUGCAGUUCCACAGGUCAAUUCUGUG